UUUACGAUUAUCAGACACAGCUUGACCAAUUUCAGCUUUUCAGUCCCGUCGCAAUUUCGCUACUGCGGUUUGCCGUGUAGAUUGUUGUUUCAGUGGAAGCAGGAAUUUUCAUUUUUUCUUGUGUGUGUUUGGAAGAGGUGGAUAUGGAGAGGCAAGGACGAGAGGUUUCCAUGAUGGAGGCAGGCGUUGGGAAGGAGCAUGAUGCCAUUGAAAUUCCGCUCACUGCGCAUCAGAUCAGCAAUGAUUCGUGGUUUCAAGCUGGAUUUGUUCUUACCACCGGGGUAAACAGUGCUUAUGUGUUGGGCUAUUCUGGUACUAUUAUGGUUCCGUUGGGUUGGGUGGGUGGUAUUGUUGCUCUACUUCUAGCAACAAUAGCAUCCUUCCAUGCCAAUGAACUGUUAGCGAAGCUUCACGAACAUGGCGGACAGAGGCGUAUCAGAUACAGAGACCUUGCAGCAUCUGUGUAUGGUGAAAGAGCUUAUUUGAUUACUUGGGGAAUGCAAUAUGUGAAUCUGUUUAUGAUCAAUGUAGGAUUCAUGAUCAUAGCAGGAAAUUCUCUCAAGGCUGUGUAUGAUCUUUUCAGAGAUGACCACACAAUGAAGCUUCCGCACUUCAUUGCUAUAGCCGCCAUUGCGUUUGCUCUCUUCGCCAUUUCCAUACCACAUUUGUCGGCACUGCGCAUUUGGCUUGGAUUUUCGACAUUCUUUACUUUGAUCUACAUUGUUGUUGGAUGUGCUCUGUCGCUUAAAGAUGGCGUGGAAGCUCCUCCAAGAAAUUACAGCAUCCCCGGAACAAAAGCAACCCAAGUUUUCAAAAUCCUCGGCGCCAUCGCCAAUUCGGUUUUCUCCUUCAACACGGGCAUGCUUCCCGAAAUACAGGCAACAGUGAGACAACCAGCCAUUAAAAACAUGAUGAAAGGUCUGUUCUUCCAAUUCACGGUGGGACUGGUGCCGAUGUACACGAUCAUCUUCGCCGGAUAUUGGGCUUACGGCGCCCACACAUCCGAAUACUUGCUCCACAACGUUCACGGCCCGAUCUGGCUAAAAGUUGCAGCCAACAUCUCGACCUUCUUGCAGACCGUCAUCGCUGUACAUAUAUUCGCGAGCCCUAUGUACGAGUACUUGGACACCAAGUAUGGCAUCAAAGGCAGCUCCCUAGCGUUGCGCAGCCUGUUCUUCAGAGCAGGGGUGCGCGGCGGCUACAUCGCCCUGACGUCGCUGGUGUCGGCGAUGCUGCCGUUCCUCGGCGACUUCAUGAGCCUGACGGGGGCGCUGAGCACGUACCCGCUGACGUUCAUUUUGGCGCAUCACAUGUAUUUGGUAGCUAAGAGGGACAAGCUAAGGUUUGUGCAGAAAUGGUGGCAUUGGCUCAACAUCUUCGUCUUCAGCUGCUUCGCCGUCGCCGCCGCGGCUUCCGCCGUCAGAUUCAUCGUCGUCGAUUCCGGUACGUACCAUCUUUUCGCGGAUGUGUGAAUCGAAUUAAUAAUAUAUUAGGAUUGUUCAUCGUAUAAAAAAUGAAAUAAGAAUAAGAAUAGAAUGUUGUGGUGGUUGUCUUGGCUGGAGGGAAGUUUUAAGUUUUAUCCCUUUGACCAAAUAUAUGUCUGAUUAAUUUAUGCAAUGUAUGGAGAAGUGCAGACGAUUAUUGACUAUAGUUUGGGCUUUUUAUUACCAAAUAUCUU